AUGGCUAUUAUAAUCCCAUUGUACCGAUUCAGCUUUACAAUCCUUCUUCUAUGUUCUAUCUCAAGAAUACAAUGCCAAAGCUUAAAUUUAAUGUUAUCAUUGCAAUCCUCAGCACCUCAAUUAGAACAUUUGAAAUAUUAUCAAUUUAUCCAAUUCUCCAAUAAACCACUAGAUAAUAUUCAAGCUGGACAAUCUAUCCAUAUUCAAUUUGAUGCUUUUAAUGCAACCUUUAAACUUAGUUUAAAAACUGAUUCUAAAGUUUUCAUUAAUGAAGCUAAUGUGGAUAAGGAAAGCGAAACGGGCCUUUUUGGCCAGUUUGAUCGUUUUCGCCUUGUAUCUGGAACUUUACAAGAUGAUGAUCAUUCUUAUGCAUAUGGUUAUGUCGAUGAAAUGAGUAGCUAUCAUGGCGUAUUUUAUACCAAUCAAACAGUUUAUUACGUAGAAUGGAUUGGAUUAUAUGCCAAUCAAUGGAGUGAUGAGCAACAGUACUUUAUUUAUCGUGAUAUUGAUAUUGGUUCGCAGAAAUCAGUAAUCAAUACUAAUGAUGGGAAUAAUCAACAAACGGCUUCAUCCACUUCUACUUCUAGUAUCAAUCAAAAUAAUCAGAUCACUUCAUUGCUUAUGAAUGAUACUACGUGCUUAGCUCAUAUUGAUAUCGAUAGAACAUUUUUACAGCAUUAUCAUAAUAACUUUGCUUAUGUUAUUUCUGAUGUUGCUAUUUUAGUACAAAGAGUUAAUCAUCUUUAUCGACGUACUGACUUUGAUCAAGAUGGCAAAGCAGAUGGAAUUGGUAUAGCCAUUAAAAAUUUAACGUUUGGAUUAUCUGAUGAGUUGAUUGGUAUCAAUCUCAAUUCUACAACAAUAUCAACUACAGUCACUACAACUUCAAACAUAUUAUCGAAAAUUAAUAAUCCAGUGGAAUUCUUUAAUCGACUGACUGUGGCUAAGAAUUAUUCAGAUUCUUGCUUAGCUCUUUAUUUAACUGGCCAAAAGUUUGAUAAAGAUGUCCUAGGAAUGGCUAAUAGUGGCUUUAAGGCUAAUGAAGGUAUCUGUACCGGUUAUUACAUUAAUCAAGAUCAUCAUGUAGCUAGUUCUAAUGUUGCUGUUGUUUCAAUCAAUGAUCGAAAUCAUGUCAUUCCAUUUGCAACACGUGAAAUUGCUAUCGCUCAUGAAAUUGGUCAUUUAUUUGGUUCUUUGCAUGAUACUAAUGGAUCAAGUUGUUCGCCUAAUAAUCAUCAAGGCAAUUACGUAAUGUAUGAAAAACUAGUUGAUGGUAGUAAAAGGAACAAUUUUCAUUUUUCUACUUGUAGUCGAAGUGAAAUUAAGCAAAAUUUAAUCUUAAAAAUUGAUCAGUUAAGGCCAUGUUUAACACAAGCGUAUUAUCCUCUAUGCGGCAAUGGAAUUAUUGAUGAAGGCGAAGAAUGCGAUUGUGGGUAUCAAUCUACUUGCAAAGAUCCAUGUUGUAAUUCAGCCUAUCAAUACCUCACUGAUAUUCCUAGUUUGUCACAAGUAGGCUAUAAUUACAUUCCAUGUCGCAAGAAUAGUCAAGCAACUUGUGGUAAUGCUGUAGUACCAAUUGAAGCCAUCGGUAUAUCUGUUACAUUUGGUCUGCCGAUAAUUUUAGUAAUUGUAUUAUUAAUUUAUAAACAAGUUAAACAUAAAUUUUAUAUGCCAAUAUAUGGUGAGGCGGGAACUGGUGGCGAAAUAUCUAUGCUUCAAAAUUUAUAG